AUGCCGACUGGCACGUACCGUCGCAUUAGUGCCACCAAAGAGCUGCUCUCAGAGGACAUUGCAUCGGUGCAGCGGCGCAAGAUGAAGCAACAACAGCAGCAGCAGCAGAAUGAACAUCGCAAACUGGAAAAGGCCAACAGCACCUCCUUCACGACAUCGGUCGCCUCGGGGGCAAACAAGACGCUCAAGUCCUUCUUCUCGGUGCCGGCCGCCUCUCUCGCGAACAGCGCCUCGCUGCUCAUUCAGCGUUCAUCCCGCGAAUCGAGCCCCGCCUCUUCGCGACGAAACGUCGUCAGCAGCAGCAGUCGAUCACGCCAGCAGAGCGGCUCAUCAACAGGUGGGGGCAGUGGUAGCACCGUAGGCAGACGACCCUCUCAGGCGUCCAUUCUGGCGGCGAAGAUGGCCGAAGCGGGACACCAGUCGACGCCCGGCUGGCCCAACAAUGUCAACGACUACGAGGUGGGCGAGAUCAUCGGCAUCGGCGCGACGGCCACCGUGCACGCCGCCUACUGUAAGCCUCGCCGGGAGAAGUGCGCCAUCAAGAAGAUCAACCUGGAGAAGUGGAACACCUCCAUGGACGAGCUGCUGAAGGAGAUUCAGGCGAUGUCCUCCUGCAACCACGAGAACGUGGUCACCUACUUUACCUCCUUUGUCGUCAAGGAGGAACUUUGGCUGGUCAUUAAACUGCUCGGUGGUGGUUCACUGCUGGAUAUAAUCAAGCACAAGAUGAAACACGAAGACUGCCGCCAUGGCGUCUUUGACGAGCCGACGAUUGCCACUGUUUUGCGAGAAGUUCUCAAGGGACUGGAGUACUUUCACGCAAACGGCCAAAUUCACCGAGACAUAAAGGCGGGAAACAUUUUACUAGGCGAUGAUGGCUCGGUUCAAAUUGCAGAUUUCGGCGUGAGCUCAUGGCUGGCCACUGGCGGCGACCUGUCGCGGCAAAAGUCUCGACACACCUUUGUGGGGACGCCCUGUUGGAUGGCCCCUGAAGUGAUGGAACAGGUGACUGGGUACGACUUCAAAGCGGACAUUUGGAGUUUGGGCAUCACCGCACUGGAGCUGGUUACCGGCACUGCGCCCUACCAUAAAUACCCUCCAAUGAAGGUGCUCAUGCUGACGCUGCAAAACGAUCCGCCCACCAUCGAGUCAGUGUCCGAGGAGAAGGACCAGUUUAAGAACUAUGGCAAGUCGAUUCGCAAGCUCAUUGCCGAGUGCCUUCAGAAGGACCCAGCCAAGCGACCGACUGCAAAUGAGCUGCUGAAGCACCAGUUCUUUCGAAAGGCUAAGGAUCGCAAAUUUUUACAGGGCUCUCUAUUGACCAUUGCGCCGAGCAUUGAGGAGCGCGCCAAGAAGGCGAAAACUAGUCGUCGAGCCCAGGGUGCCAGUGGAAGGCUCCACCGGACGGAGGCAGGCGAUUGGGUGUGGUCAUCAUCGGACGAGGAUGACGAUGAGGGACCACCAACGGAGAGAAGUGGCGGCAACGGCAACAACAACAAUGGCCAUGACAGCAAACUGGCCACUGAAAAUGGCGGUGCCCCGGCACCGGCAAAUGUGGUCAAUGCAGCUGUCUCCAAUGUCAAUAACACCAUCACCAAUGAUUCGACAUUGGUGCAGAAUCUGUCAGCAAACACAAAACCAAGUGGCGAGCAGAAUGGCGCAAACAAACUGGCCCAAGCAGCCGGUGGCAUUCCCUCAUCGACCUCGAGUAAUGACCUUCAGCAACUGCAGCAGCAGCAGCACAGUAGUGCCUCCUCCACUGAGCCGAACAGUGCCAUCUCAUCGCCUGCACACGCCCCUUCCCAAGCUGGUGGUGAACAGCAGCAGCCUUCCGGUGACCACCUAAAUUCAGCUUCUCUGUCAGUUGCAGGCGGUGAUGUGGACAGCGGUGAUACGCCCAUCAACCUGGUUCUUCGCAUUCGAAACACCAAUCGCGAGCUUAAUGACAUUCGGUUUGAGUUUACCGUGGGAAGAGACACUGCUGAAGGCAUUGCCGGUGAGCUGAUUUCUGCUGGUCUCGUCGAUAUCAAGGACUUCAUACCGGUGGCGCAAAAUUUAGACCGUUUAAUAAAAGACCGAGCUAAGAUGAAGAAUGUUGUCUUUCCACUGGUUUCAACUGAAAGUGCAACUGAAGUAUUAGACGAGAAAACACUGAAUGGUUUUGCGCAAAUUUCCAUUGCUUAA